AUGACCUUGACACAAGUUUCAACUUGGUUUGCAAACGCUCGCCGAAGACUGAAGAAGGAGAAUAAAAUGACCUGGACACCCAAACAUCGUGGAGAAGAAACAAACGAUGAUGACGUUGAUGCUGAUAUGGUUGCAUCUGAUGAAGAUUUCAACACCCUGGACGAAGACACAAGUCUCACGAAUACGGACUCAUGUCAGCACGAACAUUCUGAGUCGGAUGAAAAGCAGGCUGGAUCCCAACGAUCCAAAGACCAGGAGUUUCAUUCUGGCGUUAAUGAGACGAACAUUAAUGGGAAUUUU